AUGGGCCGAACCAUCCGAGCUCCCUCCCGGCAGCGGACCGCGGGCGGGGAAGGCACGGGGGGUGGUUGGGCCCUACUUCCUGCCGGUGCUGCAGCCGCUUCCGGGCUCCUCUCCUGGGGGAGUGAGGCGCGGGCAAAGAGCGAUCCCGACACCCCUUCUCGCUCGCUCGCCCGGCUUCGGCCGCCUCCCCGAGUCUCUGCGAAGCGGCAUCAGCUUCCCCGGGGAGCGGCCGGGGGAGGCGCCGGGUUCAUGUUCCGGGUCGCUGAGCCCGACCCGACCCGAGCUCAGGCGGCGAGAAAGAGCUGGCAUUUCAGUAGGACUAUGGAGGAACUAGUUCAUGAUCUGGUCUCAGCACUGGAAGAAAGUUCAGAGCAAGCCAGAGGAGGUUUUGCUGAUACUGGAGAUCACUCUCGCAGCGUGUCUUGUCUUCUAAAACGCCAGGCAAGAAAAAGGAGAGGACGAAAAAGACGUUCAUUUACUACUCAUCAUCCUUGGGAGACUAGUCACUGUUUAAGUGAAGGUUCUGAUUCCAGUCUAGAAGAACCAAGCAAGGACUAUAGAGAGAAUCAUACUACUAAUAAGAAAGACCACAGUGACUCUGAUGAUCAGUUGUUGGUUGCUAAACGCAGGCCUUCUUCAAAUUUAAAUAACAUUAGAGGCAAAAGACCUCUGUGGCAUGAGUCUGAUUUGGCUCUUGACAAUUUAGGAAACAGGACCCUGCGUAGGAGAAGAAAGGUGAAACGCAUGGCAAUAGACCCACCAUCAGACGUCACAAAUACACUAACAUUGACCCAACAACAGGAUAACAGCAGAGAUCAAGAAAUGGAUAAUGAUAAUAGAUCUUACCAACAUCAAGAAUUUGCCAAGAGCAAAGUGAAAAAAAGAAAACUAGCUACAAGUAGGCAAGGACCAGAAAUCUUGGAUGAAGGAGUGGUUAUAGAGAGUGAAGAAGCGAACCAGGCAAAUAAGGACAAAAUGGAGUAUGAGGAGCAAAAGGGUUCAGAUGAGAACAUGAGUGACAGUGAAUCCAGCAGCCUGAGUAGCAGUGAUGCUGGUUUGUUUACCAAUGAUGAGGGAAGACAAGGUGAUGAUGAGCAGAGUGACUGGUUUCAUGAAAAUGAAUCUGGCGGUGCGUGUGGAAUCACUGGGGUCGGUCACUGGUGGGAACAGGACUCAGAGUUGGAGAAAGAAUUGCCUGAUCCAGUCUUUGAAAGUAUCUUAACUGGUGCUUUCCCUCUUAUGUCCCAUUCAGGGAAGAGAGGUUUCCAGAGUAGAUUUAGUCAUCUUCAUGGAAUGCCAGCAAGGAACAUCAAAAAGGUUUCAGGAAACCCAGCUGCAUUGAUUACCACUGCAGGCCCAGGCAACAAGAAAAUGGUUCACUUGUCCCAAGAUUCUCAUCACAAUGACCACUGGUUUAGCCCUGGGGCUAGGAAGGAACAUAGCCAGGUAAAAGGGUCAGACGGGUAUAAAGGGACUGUUAAAUUCCACCAGCUUCAACUCCUGCGGGAUAACCGAUCUGAGAGAGGACACAAGAAAAAUAUUUCAGUAAAAACAGCUAGCAGACAAACAAGUGUGCAUUUAGGAUCAUUGUGCAUGGGAGACAUCAAACGGAGAAGAAAAGCUGCACCCCUGCCAGGACCCACAGGGUUUGUAGGUGAAAACGCCCAACCAAUCCCAGAAAACAACAUUGGAAACAGAAUGCUUCAAAGUAUGGGCUGGACUCCUGGCACAGGCCUGGGACCCGAUGGCAAAGGGAUGUCAGAACCAGUCAGAGCCAUCCAGAGACCAAAGGGACUUGGACUUGGAUUUAGCUGACAGAGAAGCACCCCAGCUGCUGUACAGAAAUCAGGAAGACUAAUCUUAAUUUAAAGGGGGAAAAAGUUAAAGUCUUAUAUUGUAUUUUGUCAUCAGCAAAUCCAGUUGUUGUUCACUUACGGAGUUCUGAAGCCUAAAUGUUUCAUCUUGACUACUCUGGCUUUCAGGAUGCAAGGUAGUCACAGUGGCAAAAGAGGUGUUUGAAUCCUAACUCUGUAAUGGUGCUAAAAUGUAAAAACAAUUGUACUUUUUAAUUUUCUGUGAUCUUAAAACAAAGUUUGUUAGGUAUAUGAUUCAAAAUUCAAUGCGUUUAUUUUUCCUGAAAAGCUUCUCUCACGCAGCAUAUUUCAGCACUUGGGCAAACAUUUUUUGGCACCAUUUUCUCAUCUGAAGUGGUCUGAGAGGAUUUGUUAUCAAGGAAAAUUAAACCUUAGAAAGCUGCUAUGUUGGUUCAUUUUUCCUUCCUUUACAGGCAAAAAUUUCCAAACUAGAUAUUUCUAGAAGUUGGCCAUAGAUGAGGAUAGGUUAACAUGAUCUCUGCUUUUCCAUGGCGACAUACAUUAGGUGCCCCCAAAUGGCGACAUGGUAUGCAAUUUUGCAUAAGGCGAGUAUAACUGAUGGUAGCUUUGUCAUCAUAGGAAUGUAACCCCAUUAUCUUGUAAAGCAAGAUAAUGGGGAGGGAUAGCUCAGUGGUUUGAGCAUUGGCCUACUAAACCCAGGGUUGUGAGUUCAAUCCUUCAGGGGGCCACUUAGGGAUCUGGGGCAAAAAUUGGUCCUGCUAGUGAAGGCAGAGGGCUGGACUCAAGGUCCCUUCCAGUUCUAGGAGAUUGGUAUAUCUCCAAUUAUUACCUUUUUUUUAUCAUGCUUACCAGUGUGAAAGCCCUAAUUCUAACGCUUUUAUAAUUGUUUUUACAUCUUGUAAGAUAUUUUUAAGUAAAUAUCUUUAAAACUUUUAGUGUUCACCCUCAGCUUGGAAUUCUGGUUAUUUUUUAUACUAGUGUUCCCUUGACUCUCCACCUCAAAAAUGAGUGUUUUUUAAAUGUGACCCUUGCAAUGGUUCUUAAACUUUGGGUUUUGGUAUAUUUUGAAUUGACUGGUAGGUUACACGAAGGGGUGGCUAACAGUCAAUGUUUUUUGUGGUCAUGAUAUUGGUAUCCUACCACAAACUUAGAAGCAUAAUGGAAGAAGCAGAGAAAAGACAAAGUGAAGCAGGUAAGAAGAGAGGGAAAUACUCUGGUAGCAUCUCUAAAAUCUUGAGUGAGCAAUUUAAAGUCAAGGGGGGAUCAUUAAGCAUUUUAAUCAGCAUUUUAAUCCAAUAUCAGUAUCGAUAAUUUCAUCAAACACCAGCCAAUCAAGCUGCCAGGAUGCUGGUGGCGUAAAGCAAAUUUCACAUUAGGGAGGUAUAAUACAAUUGAAGAGGAGCCAUCAUUCAAAUUGACUAAAGCUGAAAACUUGGCCCCAUUGAAGUCAAGUGUCAACAUUUCCACUGACUUCAGUGGGGCCAAGAUCUUAUUCUAAAUUGAUCAGGAAGAAGGCUAUUUUUCCCCUCACAACCUCAUCCAUUUUCCAGCAAACACAGUACUAGGAAAGUAGCUACAAGAGCAAGCAACAAAUUAAUUGAAAAGCAGUGUUCUCACUUUUUUUUUUUUUUUUUUUUGAGAAAGCAACAUUUUUUGGGCUUCAGUAUUUAAUCAGCAAGAGUAUUUGUUUCUAUGGAACUUUCUAGGCCACACUGUAGUGUGGCUUUUCCAUUUCAGACUUGUACUGUACAGCUAAGCUCAUUAAACAGAUUCUAUGACCAAAGAAUUUUGUGGCCGUGUAAUUGUGAAAAUCCAAGAAUUUUGAAUUCUGCAACUAACAGUGGAUUCCACAUGUAUAACUGCCGUUUAAUAUACACACAUGGCAGUUAUAUAUAUGUACAGAUAGCUAGCUAUAUUUUAACUGAUGUGGAAUUCUCCUACACGCUUGAUACUGCAAAGGGCUAUGAAGUGCUGUUGAAUUCCAAAGACGUGUUUGUGAGUAUUAUAUGGAGCAGUCAAUAACUUCUUGAACUUGUAGACUACUUGUGAAUUAAUAAGUAGUCACAUGGCAAUGUUAAGUAAAAGCUGUAGGCUCCUAUUAUUGUUCUGUAUUAAUGAACAUUUAAAGAACUUCCUCCCCCCUAUUAUAAUUCCAUCAUGACUGAUUACGAAGCCUGUGUAUUAUCAUUUGGUAAUUGUAACUGUGGCACAAAUAACAUUGUUUCUAGUAUUUCCAGGCAAUAUACAGUAGCUGCAGAAAUUCAAGAAAUAUCAGUCUGCAGCUUCAAGAGUAUUUGAAAAUAUUUGGUGUAUUGGUGGAGAAUUUAAAAAGAAAAAACUGCAUGGACAAAUAUUAGGAUAAAAGCUUGCUAGUUCAAACUCUGCUCCCCAUUUGCCCCAUGUGCAUCGGUGCAGUCGACCUGGUAAACUCCCUUAGUGGAGGAAUUACUUAGCUUGAUGAAGAUGUAAAGAAUCAGAGCUAAAGUAUGAAAACAUGUUGGUUUCUAAUUUUAAAUCAAUCAGUCUGUUCAAAAGAAAUUAUUAGAUAUCAAGGAUAUUCAAACUGAUUUUAUUUAGAUAUAAAUAUAUCUUGUUUGUUUUGCAACUGGAAUUUCCUACAAAUGCCAGAGCUGACUGGGCGCCAGGUAGAGGGAAAUGAUUUGUUAAAAUAUAAUGUAGUGAUAUUUUUCUUGAUAUUUCUGUACAAUUCUCUCCCUACCUCGUGCCUCCAUUUUCAAUUCUGUUUUCCUAGGCCUCUUUACAGUGCUAACGGUUACUCUAACAAUGUGUAGGUUAGAGCUAGUGUGUUCUUUAAAAAGGCCACUUUUUGAAGACACGUGGCUUUGGGAUUGCGAUAAAACAUGCCACUAUUUCAAAAUAUGUCUUAAAAUUUGCUUGUUGGGUUUUUCCAUUACUAGCUUAUAACAAUACCUACUACAGUGAUGCCUCAGAUUAUUUUAAAAAUACAUACACAAGUAUUUUGAUACACCAUCUGCUACUAGAUAUAACAUUGAAAUUAAUUUUCCUUUUCACAUAUUAAUAGAUGUUGGACACUCUCAUAUCUUUCCAUUUAGCUGCUCGAUUAAUUAGUAGCCCAAAUUUUUCUGCCUACAUUGAAGGUCUAAUAAAAGAAACACAUACAUUUAAAGUAAUGUACAUUGAGUUUUGAGUCAUUUGUCAGUAUACCUCAAUGUUUUGUGAAUUGGGCCAUUAACCUUUACUAAAACAGAUGAGCAACUGCUGGCAGCAUCUUUCUUUUAAAUAAAUAUUUGUUGAAGUAGGAAAAGCAUUGUUAACAUGCUAAUAUGUGACAACUUUGUCCCUGAAUUUUGGCUUUUCUGUAUUUAAUGUCUGUAAUGGGCCAGUUGAAUUGACAGCAAAUGGCUAAACAAUCUGUAUAGAAUACAUUGCUUUAACACAAGGAAGAUAUAAUAAAAUAAAACAGAGACUUCAUUCUUCAUGUUCUUUUUGUAUGUUGUGUACUGCUUUUUUGACAGCAGUGUAAUUGCUAAGGUGAGUGGAAGAAUGACAUCUUUCUGUAACACGGAGUUAAGGCUGCUAAUAUCUUUAACCAAUAAAUGUUAU